UUUUACCUUAGAAAACUUUGCAACAUAAUUGGAGUUUAUUUUUUGCUAAUUGUUAGUUAAUGUUUUAACUUUAAUGUACUGGAAUCCCAUCACUGAAGUUUUAAUGACCUUCAGAAGCAAGUUACUCCAGAGGAAAAGGUCAUUUGCUUGUCAUCUGUGUUUUACUACUUUGCAGUCUUUGGCCCCUGGAAGCUGCUGAAAUUGAAUGAACCUCACAGAACACAUUCAGACGCCUGAACGCUUGGGGAUAGAGCACAUCACAAACAGUGACAGACUCGAGGGAAGAACUUCGAGCUACUAGGAUGUGUAGAAACACACCUUGAGAGCUCAACACAGAAAAGUAAGACCGACAAAGACAGAAUGCUUCUGAAGCUGCUCAGCUUUGCUGCUCUGCUUACUGCCGCCCACAGCCAGUGCCUGGCAGGCUGGAGAGCUUACGAGGAGAAAUGUUACUUCUUCUCAACUGAUACAAAGACAUGGACGGAGGCAAAUGCUUUCUGUUCGGAGCAGAAAAGCAACCUGAUGAGCAUUCAGGACAAUCAGGAGAGGCUGUGGGUGAGGACACAAAUCGGCACAGAGAUCUUCUGGAUCGGCCUGAAUGACCAUGUCGUCGAAGGCACCUAUGAGUGGAGUGAUGGGAGUCCUUUUAUAGAAUACCUACAAUACUGGAUGCCGGGUCAGCCUGAUAACUACGGCGAUGAGCCCGGGGAGGACUGUGGGCAGGUGGUAGGAAGUAGCUAUGGACAGUGGAAUGACGAAAACUGCGAUGCUAAGAGGAAAUAUAUCUGCAAGCACGUCAACGAAAACCCGGGCCCACAGUGUGACUUAUCUAACGGCUGGAGGCAGUACGGCUCCGACUGCUACAAGCUAAACGCGGAUGUAAGGAAGAGCUGGAAUUUAGCCAGACAUGACUGCGUGAUGGAGGGAGGAGAUCUGGUGUCCAUUACCACAGCCGAGGAAAACCAGUUUGUCAGCGCAACAAUGGGCUCGGAUCACCUCGACCUCUGGAUUGGACUUUCCAAUCUGAAAUGCGGCAAGCUGUCAUGUGAAGUUGAAGUGGGGAACAAAGACCUCGCCUGGUCUGACGCUCGAAAAGAUGAGUACAGAAACUGGGACGCAAAUGAACCCGUAAUGGAUACGCAGGCCGGCACAUGUAUCGGCGUAAUCAAAGACUCCACGGAGGAUUUUGGAAAAUGGAAGUCCCACGUGUGCAGAUAUGAGCGUCCCUACAUGUGUAAACGUCCCCUGAACACCAUCUGCCACCCCGGCUGGCAGAGCUUUGCCGGCAGUUGUUACUGGUUCGUCAGUAAUGUCAACAUGUUGACCACGUGGCACGAAGCUUCCAACGAGUGUGCUAACUAUCAAGCUCACCUGCUCUUCAUAAACAGUGAAGACGAACAGUUUUUCAUAAAUGGGAAACUUCCAGACUUUCAUCAUGUGGAUAUUCCUGACAUCUGGAUUGGUUUGUCAGACAUGUACCAGGAUGGAGAUUUCAAGUGGGUGGAUAAAAGCGAGAUUAAGUAUUCAAAUUAUGGAUCUGGUUGGCCCAGAAACACUGAAACGAUGUGGGACUGUGGACAGAUCUACACAGGAAAUUAUGAAGGCAAAUGGGAAACAACCAACUGCUUCAAGAGCCUGGGCUAUGUUUGCGAGAUAACGGGAGGACAGAACCCAAAACCUACAUCAGCUCCUGAUUCCCACUGUGAUAAAGGAUGGUUGCUGUAUGGGGACCACUGCUAUCACUUUGAGACUGAAGUGGUGAAAAACUGGCAGGACGCCGAGGCUCACUGUACCUCAGAGCAGGGUCACCUGGUCAGCUUCCACACACAGGAUGAGCUGAGUUUCAUCACAGCUCACAUGCCAGGGGAGGCCUGGGUGGGUUUGAAUGAUAUCAAUAUUGAAAACCAGUUUGUGUUCACCGAUGGAACACCUGCAGACCUUCUUUUCUGGGCGCCUAAUCAGCCAGACAACUACAUGAACGAGGACUGUGUGCAACUCAGAGGAAUGACUCACCACGAACCUGGUCUGCUCAAUGAUGACCUAUGCAGUGCCGCAAAGGAAUAUAUCUGCAAAAAGGCCAAAGGACAAGGACCUCCCCCUGAUCCUCCCACAGAUGGACCAGGAUGGAAUGAGAAAUGUGGGACUUGGACGGCCGACCCUUUUAACGACUUCUGCUACCUGUUUAACUACCUGUCGCUGAGGACGUGGUCGGAGGCUCGAGCUGACUGUGUCAAUCAGGGAGGAGACCUCGUUAGUAUCACAGAGCCCUUUGAACAGGCCUUCAUACAGGGUAUCAUCCAGCAGACUCCCACUGGGAUCUCUCUGUGGAUGGGUGGCCACGACUCCAUCACUGAAGGUGGCUGGGAGUGGAUGGAUGGUUCUCCUUUCAGAUACAUCAACUGGAAUGCAGGUAACCCAGACGACUUUGAUGGUGGCUGUCUGUCCAUACUUGUAAACAACGGCUACUAUGACGACAACUGUGAGAACAAGAGAGGAUACUCUGCAAGCGCAGAGGUGAGAAAAGUUGCUCCAGUUGUUGUUGACACCUGCAAAAUGAUAAGUUUUCUCACAGCACUGGUUUGCCAGGACACCAACGCUGUCCUUCACUGUCCAGAUGAAAGUGUAAUUAACAUCCAGUCUGUUUUCUAUGGACGAAGUGAUGAGAUCUGUCCACACAUGGGUGGAACAUCAGGUAAUGAAUGCACAGUACCAGGCAUGCUCGCCCAAUACAGAAAGGCAUGUGACAACCGUGCUUUCUGCUUUGCGUACGCCCACGUGGAGAACGAUCACCUGCCCGAUGUUUUCAAAUAUCUGGAAAUUGUCUUCAGCUGUGAACAAAAAGUGUGUCUGCACGGCCUGGGUGUUGAGGACGGGAACAUCACGGACACUCAGCUCACUGCUUCCUCGUCCAGUGGCACGUUCGGGCUCCUGAAUGGAGAUACCUGCUGGAUGCCUUCAGAAAGCCGUACCAACCUCAAGCUGAUUCAGGCAGACCUGGGCCAGAUCAGAAAAGUGACAGGGAUCGUGAUGCAGGGUUGCCCUCAGAGUGAUAACUGGCUCACCAAAUUCAAGAUUCAGCACAGCAAAGAUGGAGCAACCUGGACCGACUACACAGCUGACGGUGAUUCUUUCCCAGGUUCAAGCGACAGGAACCCUGACACUUACCUACUGGGCACACCAGUGUCAGCUCAGUUCAUCCGCAUCCUUCCAGUGGAGUUCAACGGUCAGGCAGGCCUUCGCUUUGAGGUCUUAGGAUGCUCGCCUGACUAUGCAGUUUCAUGUGCAUCCAAGCCCAACUUCGACCUUGCCAGUGAUCGAAUGACUGUCCACUGCCCGGCACACUGCGCCAAAGAGUAUUACACUGUGUACGGCUCUACAGUGUAUCGUGGGGAUUCCAACAUCUGUGCAGCUGCUAUCCAUGCUGGAGUGGUACUAAACGAGAAUGGAGGAGACUGCACGCUGUUGAAAACCGACGGGCAGGACUUCUACGCCGGUUCCACGAGGAACGGCAUCACCUCGAGACAAUAUGAUGGCAGCUAUGACGUGUCUUACACUUUUGCAGAUGGAGAACUGAGGUGUUCAGGACUCGACUGGUAUGAGUUUGGAGAGUUCUGCUACAAACCUUUUGAAGAAAAAAAGACGUGGCAUCAGGCUCGGGACGCCUGCAGGAAAGUGGGCGCUGAUCUCGUGUCCAUCCUCUCGUUGACGGAGCAGAUGUGGCUGGAAAGCUACUUGUACCCGGCCACCAGUGAUGUGUGGACGGGCCUGAAUGACCUGGUCUCGUCUGGAUGGUUCAUGUGGUCUGAUGAGUUGUUAGUGCCUUUCACCUACUGGGCUCCAGGUGAACCCAACAACCAUGCCGGAUUCAGCGAGGACUGUGUCAAGAUGCUAUUCCAGACUGGCCGAUGGAAUGAUGUGGCUUGUACAGAACUCAAUACCUACAUUUGCAAAAUGCCCAAAGCACAUUACCCACUGCCCUCUGUGAAACCCACCGUUUAUGGAUGUCCUCAGGGCUGGGAUGCGUACGGCUACGGCUGCUACUGGAUGGAGGAGACGCCCAGGACCUGGACUGAGGCUCAAGAAUUCUGUAAAGAAGCAGAAGGCUUCUUGCUGCACAUCGGAGACAUCUACGAGCAGGCACAUUUCACAGUGGUAAUGUCAGAAAAGACGGGUCUGUGGUGGAUUGGCCUGCGUGCUCGUGGAGAGACGGGUAUUGCAGGGGUGGACUACGUCUGGGACAACGGUUCACCUCUCACCUUCACCCACUGGGACAGAGAACAGCCAGAUAGCGGAGAUGGUAAUUGUGUAGCUAUGACAUCGGGUUCGCCUGGUGGUUUCUGGGAUGAUAAGCCGUGCACAGAGAAAUACACCUUCAUCUGUGAAAAACCCAGACCUGAUAUCAGCCCACCCACAAAGGCCCCGACUCCUCCUACUUCACACGGCUGCGCUUCUGACUGGUCGGCGAUGCCCCACUUCAGGCACUGUUACAAGCUCUUCCAUGAAGUGGACUAUUCCAUGAAGAAGAGCUGGCAAGGAGCGUAUGAGGACUGUGUCCUCAGAGGUGCUGAUCUGGUCAGCAUCCACGGUGAGGAGGAGGAAAGCUUUCUGGCUUUGUACAGCAAAGCCAGCAGCAAGUGGAUCGGCCUCAAGCACAACCCUACAGAAGGAGGAUAUUCUUGGAGUGACGGCACUCCUCUGUCUCACACCAACUGGGGCUAUGGGGAGCCCAACAACCAUGAGGGCCGCGAGGAGUGUGUGGAGAUGGUGAGCAGCACGAACGGCACAGUAUCCUGGUGGAACGACCUCAACUGUGACGCUCAUCAGGACUGGAUCUGCAUGAUCGCUAAAGGAAAGGACCCCAUCAUACCUGUAGCUCCCCCACCUCCUGUCCCAGCUCCUGACUGCGGCACCAACCCGGGCUGGAGGAAGAACAACGACAUCUGCUACUACUACAACGACACCAACAUAGUCGACUACUACGACGCUUUGAUGGCCUGCUACGAAGAAAAGGCGCUGCUCGUGAGCAUCCACGACAAAGACGAACAGGCAUUUGUCAACAGCAUGGUGGGGACAGGGAAGGUUACCUCAGCCUGGAUUGGAAUGUUUAUGUUUGGGAUUGCAAAUGGACAAUACAUGUGGGUCGACGGCUCCCCGAUAACGUUCACUCAGUGGAACCCAGGUGAACCCAACAAUGCCAACGGGGAGGAGCAGUGUGUUCAGAUGAACAGGCAUCAGGGUGGAUGGAAUGAUGCUAACUGUGGUCGAGGUGGAGCUGGUUACGUAUGUAAGAAGCUGCCUGGAGACAAUCACACUCCUGCUCCUCCCACACAGCCCUGGGAGGGCAACUGUCCUGAAGGUUGGAUGCGUUUUGGGAACAAGUGCUUCAUUUUCAAAGGGAAAAAAGAUAACAUUAAAGUCAACUGGUCUGAAGCUCAGACCUGGUGCAGAGGCCAAGGAGGAGACCUGGCAGUUAUUGUCCAGUAUGAGAAUGACUUUGUGACGAGUUACUUGAAGGACCUGCAUUACCCCGCGUGGAUCGGCCUGUCAGAUCUAUUGCUUGAGAAUCAGUACGCCUGGAGUGACGGCAGCCCGGUGAAGUACACCAACUGGAAUGAGAUGGAGCCCAACAAUCAUGAAGGAACGGAACACUGUGUGGUGAUGAUGCACAACCCUGUGAUAAGCGGCAGGUGGAACGACGACGCCUGCCAUAAGACUCACAGCUUCGUCUGCUCCAGGAAGAAAUCGAGCAGCAUCAACCCUCCUGCUCCGACCACAAACCCCUGCCCAUCUGGCUACACCUCCUGGUACCAGAACUGCUACAAGGUGGUGGACACGCCGGCCACCUGGGACGCUGCUGAGGCGGCCUGCCAGCAGGAGGGCGGCAACCUGGCCAGCAUCGACAUGAGCAACGACCAGGCCUUCGUGGCUGGAGUGGUGCUGCAGGGAAAAGCAGAUGUCUGGAUCGGACUCAGACGCCAGGAGGAUGGAAGCUAUAAGUGGACAGAUGGCUGGCCAGUUUUUCUUCCUCACUGGGGACCAGGAGAACCCACUAACAUCAAGGACGAGGGCUGCGUUAGCAUGCAUGCUGCACUAGCUUUCCACGGGACCUGGAACUACACCUACUGUGACCUAACUAAGCCCUACAUCUGCAGGAUCUCCUCAGCACAACCGCCGCCAACUCCGCCUGGUGAUGGGAAAUGUCUGCCAUCCUGGGUCCCCUAUGGCCACCACUGUUACUACGUGUACAACGGUCAAGAGGGCUUCUCUUGGCCGGACGCCCGACAUUACUGCCAGUCGGCCAAGACCGAUCUGGUCUCGAUUCACAGCAGAGCAGAGCAGGAGUUCAUCAAGACAUGAACUACAACCAAAUAUCACAACAUCUGGAUGCUCACCAGGGACAGCAGCUUCGGCUGGGCCUGGACAGACAACAUGCCUGUGAGCUUCCUCAACUGGGCUCCCGGUGAACCCAACGAAGCCUUUCAUCCUGGGGAUGUAGCCGAGGACUGUGUGGAGAUGUACCACGACGGAAACUGGAACGACGACAACUGCCUGCAGAAGAGAGGCUUUGCUUGCCGCCACCGCCAGUACUAUACAACAGAUGAUGAAAAUCCUGUUUUCCCCACUGAUGCCCCUACAAGUGGUGGCGGCAAUGGAGGAGUGAUUGCCGGCGCGAUUAUCGGAGCCAUCUUGUUUUGCUGCUUGAUAGCUGGACUGCUGUUCUACGUCUUCAGAGUGCGCGGAUAUAUGAGCACCUUGAGCUUGCCAACAAGAUCAGCCACUAACGUCGAUGUGCAGCCGGAGCGGAGGAUAAAAGGUCGGGCGGACAGAGAAGACGGAGAGGAGCUGCGGAGAGACAGCGGAGGGCUGCAUAAACUGUGGGAGCAGGCGGAGAGACAGCGGAGGCUGCAUAAACUGUGGGACAGCGGGAGACAGCGGGAACUGAGAGGCAGCGGAGGCUGCGUCCGGGGGCUGCGGAGAACUUUAAGUAGCGUGUGUGUAUUGAGUGGACCCACGGACAGCGAACCUGUCACAUUGGCGCCCAACCGGCACUUGAUACACGGGGAUGUCUGCGCUCCGGCGGAACCGGUGCAGCCUGUGGCUGCGCUGGCCCAGAUGCUCCGGGACUUGGCGGCGAUGCACGCCGACCAGGCGGCGGCGAAUCGGCAGCACCUGGAGGCGCUGCACCAGCAGACGGAGAGGCAGACCCGCGUCUUGGAACAGCUGUUGUCUCGACCAGGGGGAUCACCGGGCUCCUCCUCCUCCAUCUCCGGGCUGUCUCUUCAAAGAUGA